GCGCGCUGCUACCGCGGGAUUUGUCAACAGAUCUGCUUUUCAACUUUAUUCGGGGAACUUUCCGACGAGACAGUGCUAUUAUUAUGAAAUGUAACGGUUUAAAUGAAUGUAGCUAGGGUAGGUUUUAUUCGUAGCUACUCAGUGCAGCCCGGUAGCGUUUCAUUCAGGAGGAGAAUCCUUCUCGAAGAUCUCUGCUGUUGCUGCUAAUGGACACAUGAGCUCUACAGGGCGGUAGGUAGCUUCUGUUAUCACUACUGUCUGGGCUUUUACGACCCAGCGUUUGUGACUGCAGGCAGGAGUUGGGGAGAGGAGUUUGGCACACUUGCCAGUAGACUUCAGAACCAAGGACAGAUCCAAACCGCUGCCUGGCAAACAUGCUCAAAGUGAACCACAUCUGGACUCCGCUCGUCACGUGAAGAUCUGCGCUGUGAGGUUGUCGCGAGGCUGGUGGAGAAAAAAGACCUGCGGAUAUAUAAGAGAAAACCGGCUCCUUCAAGGAAGUAUCAAACAUGCUGCACCCACCGAAUGAAGACUUGAAAGUGAUCUGCCUGCAGACCCUGUGAACCUCUGCUCCAUUCUACUUCAACCAACCCUGCUCCCCCUUACCGGUCCUGCCAUGCUGAGCCUAACAUUGUGCCCCAGGUGGCUGGGCUUCUCUGCCCAUUACUGGCCUCUCCACAUGCUCUUACUGGAGCUCCUUAUACUAGGAGUCCUGCCCAGCAUCUCCAGAUUACCACCCACAGCCAAACGUGAGAUCAUCCUAGACGGGGACUUAGUAAUCGGAGGUCUGUUCCCAGUGCACCACAAAGGUGAAGGGACAGAGGACUGUGGGAAGAUCAAUGAGGAGAGAGGGAUCCAGAGACUGGAAGCCAUGUUGCUGGCGCUUGAUGAGAUUAAUUCCAGUGAUCGCAUCCUCCCCGGACUCCAGCUGGGAGCCCACAUCCUGGACACUUGCUCCAAGGACACAUACGCUCUGGAGCAGUCUCUAGAUUUCGUCAGGGCCUCGCUCACCAAGGUGCACGAUCCAGGCUUCAUUUGCCCUGACGGCUCCAGACCGAUCCAGAACGAGGUUCCAUUGGCCAUCUCUGGGGUCAUCGGGGGAUCCUACAGUGAUGUUUCCAUUCAAGUGGCCAACCUCCUGCGAUUGUUCCAAAUCCCUCAGAUCAGCUAUGCCUCCACCAGCGCAAAGCUCAGCGAUAAAUCCCGCUAUGAUUACUUUGCCCGCACUGUGCCCCCUGACUUCUACCAGGCCAAGGCCAUGGCUGAGAUCCUUCGCUACUUCAACUGGACCUAUGUGUCAACGGUAGCAUCAGAGGGCGACUAUGGAGAGACUGGCAUUGAUGCCUUCCAGCAGGAGGCCCGAACUCGCCAAAUCUGCAUCGCCACCUCAGCCAAGGUGAGCCGCUCCAUGAACCGGCAGGGCUAUGACAACGUGAUCCGCUCUCUGCAACAGAAGUCCAAUGCCAAGGUGGUUAUCCUGUUCACCCGCAGUGAGGAUGCCCGUGAGCUGCUGGUGGCUGCUACUCGUAUGAACGUCAACUUUACCUGGGUCGCCAGCGAUGGUUGGGGAGCGCAGGAGAGCGUGGUUAGGGGGAGCGAGGCAGCAGCAGACCAGGCUUUCACCCUUGAGCUAGCUUCCUACCCAAUCAGAGAGUUUGAAGACUACUUCACCAAGCUGAACCCCUACACCAACAUGAGGAACCCAUGGUUCAAAGAGUUCUGGGAGCAUCGGUUUGGCUGUAGCCUACAAGAACCUGGCUGUAGUGAGCACAGCCUACGGGAUGGAACUUUUGAGCAGGAGUCCAAGAUCAUGUUUGUGGUGAAUGCAGUCUAUGCCAUGGCCUAUGCUCUGCACAACAUGAGGCAAGCUGUUUGCUCCAACACAUCCAAGGUCUGUGAUGCCAUGAAACCAGGUAAUGGCAAAAGGUUCUACAAAGAGUUCAUCUUAAAGACUAAGUUUGAAGCUCCCUUCAGACCUGCAGACACAGAGAGCAUGGUUCGCUUCGACUCUUUUGGCGACAGCAUCAGUCGUUACAACAUCUUUCAUUACCACCAAGAAGAUGGAAAGUUCAUUUAUAGGAAAGUUGGCUACUGGGACCAGAAUCUGACCCUGAACACCUCUUUGGUACCCUGGCGAGAUCAAGUACCACCAACUUCCCAGUGCAGUGACCCUUGCAGGAAGAACGAGGUGAAGAGUAUGCAGCCUGGGGAUGUUUGCUGCUGGAUCUGUAUCCCCUGUCAGCCCUACCAGUACCUGCAUGAUGAGUUUACCUGCGCUGACUGCAGCUUUGGUCAGUGGCCACUGGAGAACCUGACUGGAUGCUACGACCUGCCUGAAGAAUUCAUCCGAUGGGAAGACGCAUGGGCGAUUGGCCCCGUCACCAUCUCCUGCCUUGGAAUCCUCUGCACUCUGUCAGUCAUUGGCCUCUUCUUUAAGCACAACGACACCCCUGUGGUCAAAGCAAGUGGACGUGAACUCUCUUAUAUCCUGUUGCUGGGUGUGCUGAUGUGCUACCUCAUGACCUUCAUCUACAUUGCCAAACCUUCUACGGUUGUUUGCACGUUACGACGACUAGGCCUGGGCAGCUCAUUUGCAGUGUGCUACUCAGCUCUUCUAACCAAGACCAAUCGAAUCGCUCGAAUCUUCAGCGGGGUGAAAGACGGAGCCCAGAGGCCACGUUUCAUCAGCCCUGCCUCCCAGGUAGCAAUCUGCGGUGCUCUCAUCUCCUGCCAGUUGCUUGUGGCUGUGAUUUGGCUGCUUGUAGAGGUGCCAGGAGUUCGUAAAGAGGUGAGCCCUGAGAGGAGAAACGUGGUCACCCUUAAGUGCAACAGCAAGGACUCGAGCAUGCUCAUGUCCCUCACCUACAAUUGCAUCCUAAUUGUCCUCUGCACUGUCUACGCCUUCAAGACACGAAAGUGUCCCGAAAACUUCAACGAGGCCAAGUUCAUCGGAUUCACCAUGUACACCACCUGCAUCAUCUGGCUCGCUUUCCAGCCCAUCUUCUAUGUCACUGCCAGCGACUACAGGGUGCAGACCACCACCAUGUGUAUCUCCGUCAGUCUGAGCGGCUCCGUGGUCCUCGGCUGCCUCUUCGCCCCCAAGAUUCACAUCAUCCUGUUUCAACCCCAGAAAAACGUGGCCUCGCUCAGAGUCACAGCCAAUCGCUUUAGUGCCACAGUGUCUGCUUCAGCCUCCGCCCCCAGCUCCAGCUACUCUAAAGGAUCGGCCUCUAACUACGUGCCAGCAGUUUGUAACGGCCGCGAGGUGGUGGACUCAACAACAUCGUCUUUGUGAAAAAAGGUUUUCACUCAAAGCACAAGAGACCGUCCUCAUCUUCAGUCAUCCCUCCAUGAAACAAGGCUGUGUGUGCUGGAGCCCCCCUGCCACCCAACAUGCUGCAGAGAGAUAACUCUGUGUGUGUAGACUGACUGACAGCAGCAAGGCUAAGUCUAACUGUGAAAGCUAAAUGAUGUUCCCACUGCGAGCAGUGUGUAUCAAUUGUAAAGCCUUUUUUGUAUAGAUUUAAUAUGCUGUGAUCUCCUUGGUUUAAAGAUAGAUGUGAUUAAAUGCACUGUGCCUUGUCCUAUGAAGAGUCUUGUUGUCAAAUGGGUGCUUGUGAAGCAAUAGUGUUAAACAAAAACAGCUGUUCUUAUCUUGUCCUUACAGUGCUGUGAAUAUAUUCAGAUGUUGUAGACAUUGACAUAAAAAUGCUAUGAAAUAAAGUUAGCCCUUCUGUUAAAUAAAAUGUGUGACUAAUUAUAGUGAACGUGAUGAAAAG